UUUACAUCAGUGUACGUUCAGUCGUCGUCGUGUCAAACCUUUCCUUUUUUUUUGGUAUGCACAAAAUUGUAAUUUGAAAUCAACUCAAGCUCUGUCAUGGCGCUCAAGAAGCAGCUGCCAACCAAGGCGCUGCCCAAAAAGAAAGGCACCAAUAAGCAGGCACAAAAGUUGCCGCAGUCCAGCCCCAAGCAGCAGAGCCAGCGCAAGACUCUGUUCAGAGCCAAAAAGUUCAAGUCGAGCCCAGUUCAAGCCCAAACCCAAGGCCAAGUCUGGCGCAGGACGAUCGUGCGCAGCAAGCCCAAGCAGGAGGUGCAGCUGCCGCGACUCUUUCGCGCGGAUCGUCGCACUGGGCUGCCCGUGGACUACGAGCGCACCGUGGAGCAGGUGAUGCACUACGUAAACCCCUACAUUCACAGCCAAGCCAAGCGCACGCCGGAGCAGGAGCUGGAGGAGCUGAUGACCAAUAUGUUUGUGGAGCUGAUACAGCAGGGCGGGGCGCAGCAGCUACGCGCGAUGCUGCAGAAAGGCUGCCAGGGAAGCGGCAGCUGCGACUGGCAGAGGGUUGGGCAGUUCGACCGUCAAAUGGGUGGACAGUGCGACCAUCAGUUGAGCAAAAAGUUCCCAAUGAAUGCGCGCAGUGAGAACGCAGAUCUCAGCGACUUCUACAGCGCCUGCAAGCGUGGACCACAGCGCACCGCCAGCCCACUGGCAGCACCCACACGCAGGAGCAGAUUCAACUACAACCAACUGAAAUUAAGGAGCAACUAGAGCGAGCGCAGCCUGUGCCCUGACCUGCUCCUAAAUUGUAAUUGCAAAAUGUUUUUGAUUGAGUCAAAGAGUUCCGCCUUGAUUGGUCAAUCAAUAGCAAUCAAUGGACUUGGGCUCAACGGUAAAUUAAUCGAGUUAUGCUCUUGAGAGACCAACAUUUUGUUGGUAAAUAAACAAAAUUCCACAGACA